AAACGAAGGGGUAGCAAAACCGGACACAAGAACACAGAGGACGCAAGGCUGAAGCAAAACCUUUGGAAAGCAGACGACGCCCCCACCUUACUUGCUUGCUUGCCUGCCUCCAUUAUCAGUUCUAUUCAAUUCAGUACUAGUCUACCUAGACCUAGAGUCUAGAGAUAUGGAGCUUGCAUCUCUGUUGCCUAGUUGCAAAAUCAGGGUAUUUUCCAUCCCAACAAAGGGAAAUGUACAGAAUCCAGUUGAUCAAAAGCAAAAGCAAGGAGUGAAGUUGAUGAAGAGCUUGGCUCCACCUCUCAUGGCUGCAUUCUUAGCCUUAUCCCCAUUCUUCAUUUCCCCAGUGUCACUUGGACAAGAAAUAGAUGUACAAAGAGGAGCCACAUUGUUUCGUCGAACUUGCAUUGGAUGCCAUGAUGGAGGUGGAAACAUAAUACAACCGGGUGCAACAUUGUUUUCAAAAGAUCUACAGAGAAAUGGAGUUGCUACAGAAGAGGAGAUAUAUCGCGUUACCUAUUAUGGCAAGGGAAGAAUGCCAGGUUUUGGAGAGAACUGUACACCAAGGGGCCAGUGCACUUUCGGAGCCCGCCUACAGGAAGAUGAAAUCAAAGUCUUAGCAGAGUUUGUGAAGUCACAGGCUGAUCUAGGUUGGCAACUAGAAAGUUAUGGGGAUUGAUUUUUCUGCUAAAUAAACUCGCGUAACUUCUGCUUUCAAUUCAGUGAGCUUGUUUCACCUGGUAAUGCCAAAAAAUCGUAAACCUAGAAUUUGUAAACCAAUAGUGUUGAGUUUUUGGGCAAAUAGUCGAUGGUAAAUAAAUAUGCAUCUCUGCUUUGAA